GCCUCUCUUGCAAAGUGCUCUCUUACUCAUCACAAUCAAACAAAACCCAACUCUAAAACUUUAAUUUUUUAAAUAAAGUUUAUUAAUUGAUGCUCAAUAAAGUCAAACAACAGCAAAGAACCCAGCUUUUUUUAUUUCCACCCUGCAAUAAAGAAUUGGAGUUACCAAGAAUCAGUUAUUCUUUCCCUUCUCAUUCUUCUAUUCAAUUCUCUUCCUCUUGAACACCCCAUCUCUUUUCUCUCUCGCUCUCUCUCUCUCUCUGGACUCUUUUGCUUUCUGCAAUGGCAACCCUUGCAGACAUUGGUGUCUCAGCUACCAUCAACAUUCUCUCGGCCUUUGCUUUCUUGCUGGCUUUUGCUCUGCUGAGAAUUCAACCCAUCAAUGAUAGGGUCUACUUUCCCAAGUGGUAUCUCAGUGGAGGGAGAAGUAGUCCUAGGAGUUCUGGGAAUUUUGUGGGCAAGUUUGUGAACCUCAAUUUCAAGACUUACCUUACCUUCCUGAAUUGGAUGCCACAGGCUCUCAGAAUGAGUGAGUCUGAGAUUAUUAGCCAUGCUGGCCUUGACUCUGCUGCUUUCCUUAGAAUCUACACUCUGGGCUUGAAGAUUUUUGUUCCAAUCACAAUUGUGGCGCUCCUCAUUCUUAUACCAGUCAACGUAUCAAGUGGAACGUUAUUUUUCCUGAAGAAGGAAUUGGUAGUGAGUGAUAUUGAUAAACUCUCAAUAUCAAAUGUUCCUACUGAAUCUAUAAGAUUUUUUGUUCACAUAGCAUUGGAAUACCUGUUCACAUUAUGGAUUUGUUUUCUGCUGUACAAAGAAUAUGAUUAUGUCGCAACAAUGAGAUUGCAUUUCAUGGCAUCACAACGCAGGCGUGUGGAGCAAUUCACAGUAGUUGUCAGGAAUAUCCCUCACAUGCCUGGUCACGCAGUAUCAGAUUCUGUGGAGGGCUUCUUUAAAACAAACCACCCAGAUCAUUAUAUUGGACACCAGGCUGUCUACAAUGCAAACAAAUUUGCUAAACUUGCAAAAAGAAGAGAAAGACUCCAAAAUUGGUUGGACUAUUACCAGCUUAAGUCUGAGAGACAUCCUGGCAAGAGGUCCACUGUCAAGACUGGACUUUUUGGUCUUUGGGGUUGAAAAUUUGAUGCUGUUGAGUACUACAAACAUGCAAUUAAGGAACUUGAUAACGUGAUGACAUUGGAACGCCAGAAAAUUAUAAAAGAUCCCAAAGCUAUUUUACCAGUUGCUUUUCUUUCAUUCAAUUCCCGUUGGGGAGCAUCAGUUUGUGCACAAACCCAACAAAGCAAGAAUCCAACUCUUUGGCUAACUGAUUGGGCUCCAGAGCCACGUGAUGUAUACUGGCGGAACUUGGCCAUACCAUUUGUUUCUUUAAGCAUCAGGAGGCUUGUAAUAUCAUUGUCUGUGUUUGCCUUGGUAUUCUUCUACAUGAUUCCCAUUGCUUUUGUGCAAUCCCUUGCCAAUUUGGACGGUCUUGAAAAAGUUGCUCCUUUCCUCAGACCAGUUAUAGAAUUCAAUUUCAUCAAGUCCUUUCUUCAAGGUUUUCUUCCUGGUUUGGCUCUUAAAGUAUUUUUGUACAUUCUACCAACGGUUCUGAUGAUCAUGUCAAAAAUUGAGGGAUAUAUUGCACUGUCAACACUUGAGCGGAAGACAGCUGCAAAAUAUUAUUACUUUAUGCUGGUGAAUGUUUUCUUGGGAAGCAUAGUCACUGGGACUGCAUUUCAACAACUGCAUGCUUUCCUGCACCAGUCACCUACACAGAUUCCUAGAACAAUUGGAGUUUCCAUUCCAAUGAAGGCUACUUUCUUUAUAACAUACAUAAUGGUUGAUGGCUGGGCUGGAAUUGCUGGUGAGAUUCUAAGAUUAAAGCCAUUGGUUAUAUACCAUCUCAAGAACAUGUUCAUAGUUAAAACAGAAAGAGAUAGAGGAAAGGCCAUGAACCCUGGGAGUGUGGACUUUCCAGAGACUAUUCCAAGUCUUCAACUAUACUUCCUUCUUGGAAUUGUGUACGCUGUGGUGACACCAAUCCUUCUUCCCUUCAUACUAGUCUUCUUUGCCUUUGCAUAUUUGGUUUAUCGUCAUCAGAUAAUCAAUGUCUACAACCAACAGUAUGAAAGUGCUGCUGCAUUUUGGCCACUAGUUCACAGCCGCAUCAUUGCAAGCAUGCUAAUAUCCCAGUUUCUUCUGUUGGGAUUGCUUAGCACCAAAAAGGCAGCUAAAUCCACACCUUUGCUUGUUAUAUUACCAAUAUUGACAUUUGCAUUCCACAAGUAUUGCCAGAGACGUUUUGAGCCAGCAUUUCGGAAGUACCCUAUUGAGGAAGCAAUGUCAAAGGAUAUGUUGGAGAAGAGCACAGAACCUGACUUGAACAUAAAGGCUUAUUUGGCCGAUGCUUACUUGCAUCCAAUCUUCAGGUCAUUUGAGGUUGAAGAAGAGGAAUUGAUUGAAGUCAGAGUAGAUAAACAUCAAACCAAUGUUGCUGCUGCUAGUUCUCCAUCGAGUGAGCCUAGUUCACCCUCCCCACCCCAUCAUCUGCAUCAAUCAUUACCAGCCCAUCAUCUGCAUCUACCAUCUCCACCCCAUCAUUUGCAUGAACCAUCCCCACCCUAUCAUUUGCAUCUACAAUCUCCACCAUCCCAUCAUUUGCCUGAAUCAUCAUCACCUCCCCAUCAUUUGCCUGAACCCUCCCUACCCCAUCAUUUGCCUGAUCUAAUCCCACCCAAUCAUCAUUUACAUGAACCCUCCCUAGCCUUUCCACCACCUCCAUAUAAUGAGUAUCCACCAGGUUAUUACUACCAAUACCAUCCUCCAUCUCCUCCUCAUCAUGUUUAUCAGUACUAAGUUCAGCCCUGAACUCAACUCAUGCAUUGUUGGGAAUAAUCUAAGUGCGAAUCAAAGUUGGUAAACCCAGCAUGCAUGCCAAUGAACCAGGUUGCUUGAGACUUGCCGAAAGUUUAGUAUUUCAGUGGACUUAGAUCUGUUUUGGUUUCUUAGCUAUCCAUUUCAAGUGUAAAUGAUUUUUCUCCUUACAUGUAAAUGGUUUGGUUUCAUCCAAAUUUGGGCUAGCAGGAUUUUACUUCUAGGGAGAUUUCAAUGUUAUUCUGAUAAAUAAGUUAUUGUAUCACCUUGAAUUUUGCAUUUAUGAAAGUUAUCAAUUUAUGCUCU